CCAAUCACAUGCACUAAAUCAAGAAAAAGAAGAUAAAUUAAUUUAAGAAAUGGCAGCCAAAUUUGUUUCCUUGUUAGUUACUAUGUUUGUUUUUGCAUCAACUUUGAUCAGCUCUUCAAAUGCACUGAGUUUGAAUUACUACGACCAAACAUGCCCUAACGCCGAGACGGCCAUCGCAGAAGCCGUGCACAAAGGCAUGAUCAACGACAAAACGGUUCCGGCAGCUUUACUUAGGAUGCACUUCCAUGAUUGUUUCAUCAGGGGUUGUGAUGGUUCUGUGCUGCUGAAUUCGACGGUGAAAAACCAGGCCGAAAAAGACGGACCUCCGAAUAUUUCGUUGCAUGCAUUUUAUGUUAUUGAUAAUGCAAAGAAACAAGUCGAGAAAAUGUGCCCCGGUGUCGUUUCUUGUGCUGAUAUUUUAGCUCUGGCUGCUAGGGAUGCAGUUUCACUUUCUGGAGGUCCCAAUUGGAAUGUGCCUAAAGGGAGAAAAGAUGGAAGAAUUUCAAUUGCCAAUGAUUCACUACAAUUACCAUUUCCCACAUUCAAUAUAUCUCAAUUACAACAGAGCUUUUCUCAAAGAGGCCUUUCUAUUGAUGAUCUAGUGGCACUCUCAGGAGGGCACACACUUGGAUUCUCCCACUGUUCAUCAUUCCAAAACAGAAUCCACAACUUCAACAAUAAAACGGACGUCGAUCCGUCGAUGGAUCCAUCGUUUGCUUCCAGCUUAAGGCAAGUUUGCCCGAUGCAUAACACGGUGAAAAAUGCGGGUUCAUUUCUAGAUACUUCGCCGACGGUUUUCGAUAAUGCCUACUACAAAAUGCUGGUACAAGGGAAGAGCAUUUUCUCUUCGGACCAGGCACUUCUUACUAAUUCCAGGACACAGGCUUUGGUACAGAAGUAUGCUGCCUCUCAGCCCGAGUUUUACGAGGCGUUUGCGAACUCGAUGGUGAAGAUGAGCAGCAUCAAUGGUGCUGGAACUGAGAUUAGACUCGAUUGUAGAUCUAUCAAUCAUUAGUAUAUAUAUACAUAUGGUUGAAUUUAUAUAUGCAUGCUUUU